AGGAUCCUCCCACUCCGGCGGCGCCUAAAGCGUUAACCCCGGAGUGUCCCGCAGCCCCACCACCAGCUCCCAGGGUUCCUAAAAAGGAAAGGUACAAGGUUGGUCCAGAGAGGGACUUAAGAGAUCAAAGACAGGGCAUACUUCCUGUUCCCCAGACCUUAUAUAAAACGUCAUGAUUGCCUGGGCUGCAGAGACGCACCUAGCACUGACCCAGCGGCUGCCUCCUGAGGUUUCCCGAGGACCACAAUGAACAAGUGGCUGUGCUGCGCACUCCUGGUGCUCCUGGACAUCAUUGAAUGGACGACCCAGGAAACCCUCCCUCCAAAGUACUUGCAUUAUGAUCCAGAAACCGGCCAUCAGCUCCUGUGUGACAAAUGUGCUCCUGGCACCUACCUAAAACAGCACUGCACAGUGAGGAGGAAGACACUGUGUGUCCCUUGCCCUGACCACUCUUAUACGGACAGCUGGCACACCAGUGAUGAGUGCGUGUAUUGCAGCCCAGUGUGCAAGGAACUGCAGUCUGUGAAGCAGGAGUGCAACCGCACCCACAACCGAGUGUGUGAGUGUGAGGAAGGGCGCUACCUGGAGCUCGAAUUCUGCUUGAAGCACCGGAGCUGUCCCCCAGGAUCAGGCGUGGUGCAAGUUGGAACCCCAGAGCGAAACACAGUUUGCAAAAGAUGUCCAGAUGGGUUCUUCUCAGGCGAAACGUCAUCGAAAGCGCCCUGUAGGAAACACACGAACUGCAGCACACUUGGCCUCCUGCUAAUUCAGAAAGGAAAUGCAACACACGACAACGUGUGUUCUGGAAAUAGAGAAGCAACGCCAAAGUGUGGAAUAGAUGUCACCCUGUGUGAAGAGGCUUUCUUCAGGUUUGCUGUUCCUACUAAGAUUAUACCAAAUUGGCUGAGUGUUUUAGUGGACAGUUUACCUGGGACCAAAGUGAAUGCCGAGAGUGUAGAGAGGAUCAAACGGCGACACAGCUCACAAGAACAAACCUUCCAGCUGCUGAAGCUGUGGAAGCAUCAAAACCGAGACCAGGAGAUGGUGAAGAAGAUCAUCCAAGACAUUGACCUCUGUGAAAGCAGUGUGCAGCGGCAUAUCGGCCAUGCGAACCUCACCACAGAGCAGCUUCGUGCCUUGAUGGAGAGCUUGCCCGGGAAGAAGAUCAGCCCAGAAGAGAUUGAGAGAACGAGAAAGACCUGCAAAUCGAGCGAGCAGCUCCUGAAGCUCCUCAGCUUGUGGAGGAUCAAAAAUGGAGACCAAGACACCCUGAAGGGCCUGAUGUAUGCCCUCAAGCACUUGAAAACAUCCCACUUUCCCAAAACCGUCACCCACAGUCUGCGGAAGACCAUGAGGUUCCUGCACAGCUUCACAAUGUACAGAUUGUAUCAGAAGCUCUUUUUAGAAAUGAUAGGGAAUCAGGUUCAAACAGUGAAAAUAAGCUGCUUAUAACGAGAAAUGGUCACUGGGCUGUUUCUUCAGGAUGGGCCAAAACUGACUGAGACUGCUUCUCAGGCUCUUGAAAUGGCACAGUGAUUCCUUUCGCAUCAGUUGGUGGGAAUGAUGACCGCCCCCUACCCCAACACACAUACUGGGGACUCUGAGUCGGGAGAGUGAGGCAGGCUAUUUUAUAAUUGUACAAAACCAGGUAUAUACUCAGAAAGUCAAGCAUGCCGAGUGAGAACAGAGGAUAUAUUUUUUUAUAACCUCAAACAUACGUCCCUUCCUUCUUCUCCUCAUGGCUGAGUAAUGAGACGGCUUCUAUCAUUUUAUGUGUCAUCCCUAGAUGAAGGUCUGUUUCCUUCUGCAUCUGAUAGCCUAUGACGUUCUGUUUAUAAUGCUUAUCGGGUGCAUGAGCUCAUCAGCUUUGUAGGUUGCUAGGCAAGCUUGACUGUUAGCUAUUUUUCCCUCUGAAGAUUUGAUUGGAGUUGCAGACUUAGCCAGACAGGCAGGGGUGGGUUGUGGUAGUUUAUUUAACAGAUUGCCACCAAGAGCCCAGUGUUUCUUGCUCCUCUGUAGUUGGACCUAAGCUGACUCAAAGUACUUUUAGUUUGAAAAAUAAUCAACAAAUUUUAUUUCUUACAUUAACAAUGGCUGGCUUGGUUUCACAGCACCAAAAGAAACUACUAUAUGGGGAAGGAAUUGAUAUUUCCCUCAAUGUUCAAUAAAUUCCCAACAGUUUAUCCAGCUAUCAUGUCUGGUUCAGUAUCUACAGACUAUGUGUCCUCUCGUUACUACAUGUAGUAACUCAACUGGAAAUAAUAGUAAUAAUAAUAAUAGAAAUAAAAUCUAGACUCAUUGGAUCUCUCUGAAUAUGGGAAUAUCUAACGUAAAAGGCUUUGAGAUUUCAGUUGUGUUAAAGGCUUUUAUUAAAAAGCUGAUGUUCUGUAAGUUACUAAUAUAUCUGUAAGACUAUUACAGUAUUGCUAUUUAUAUUCAUCCAGAUAUGUUUUGUACAUAUUAUAAACCUAGAGAGAAAUGUUGUAGGACUUAAUUUUAGAAAGAAAAAAAAUAUUCUGUUUACUAUUGAGACAAAUAAAAGAGAUGAAAUAUAUUUUUAAUAGAAACUUUGUAGUGUUUUCCAAUAGGUACUGUCAGUUUUCCAAUGUGGAAUGUUUUUAUAAUAUAAUUUUAUCUGUAUAAGAUGUAAUAUCAUUUUAUAGAAAAAUACAUUAUGUAUUCAGUUGUUUAAUGUCAGAAAGUAUAUGAACUAUAAAUUAUCUGAAUAUUAGAUGCUCUGAGAAAUUGAAUGUACCUUAUUUAAAUAUUUUUAUGAUCAUACUAUAUAAAUAACAUCAUUAAAGUUUUCAAAUUAUUUUU